UCGUAGGGAAUUUUCACGAAGGUUGCAAAACAAUUGCGUCAGAAAGUUGCGCAGUUGUUUCUGGAAAGGUGAACGACGAACAUUUCUCCCUCGUCUGAUCCAGGAUAAUACACCGUGACCAUGUUGGUGGCGAGGCUGACGUGCCUGAGGAGUCUUCCUCUCGUCGGGCUCCGUCCUGUGCUGUCACAGGGCUCCUCAGCCCUGAGAGCACCCACCCUGAAGGCCUGUCCACCUCUGCUCAGGCCCCAGCAGGGUUACUCCACAAAGACCAGAUUUGGUUUCCGCCGUGGGAAGACAGCCAGAGACCAGAUCAAAGAAGCAGCGUUUUAGCCAGCAACAGAUACCGCCAUUAAAAUUGACAGCAUGGGACGAAUGAUCCUGGCUGGAGGUGCAGCAGUUGGUCUUGGAGCUCUGUGCUACUAUGGACUCGGCAUGUCCAAUGAAAUCGGUGCCAUUGAGAAAGCAGUGAUCUGGCCCCAGUAUGUGAAGGACAGGAUCCACUCCACCUACAUGUACUUCGCAGGCAGUGUUGGGCUGACAGCUCUGUCAGCUGUGGCAGUGAGCAGGACACCAGCACUUAUGGGUCUGAUGAUGAGAGGAUCCUGGCUGGCGAUCGGAGCAACUUUUGCUGCUAUGAUUGGUGCUGGCAUGCUGGUCAGGUCCAUUUCAUAUGAGCACAGCCCCAUGCCCAAACACCUCGCCUGGAUGCUUCAUGCAGGUGUGAUGGGUGCUGUCAUUGCUCCUCUGACUCUCCUGGGGGGGCCUCUGAUGAUCAGGGCAGCCUGGUACACUGCAGGAAUCGUAGGAGGUCUCUCCACGGUGGCCAUGUGCGCCCCAAGUGAGAAGUUCCUCAACAUGGGCGGCCCAUUGGCUGUCGGCUUUGGAGUGGUCUUCGCUUCUUCUAUUGGAUCAAUGUUCCUGCCACCCACCUCAGCGUUUGGAGCAGGCCUGUACUCCGUGGCCGUCUACGGAGGCCUGGUCCUGUUCAGCAUGUUCCUCCUCUAUGACACACAGAAGGUCAUCAAGAGGGCAGAGACACACCCACUGUAUGCUGCACAGAAAUAUGACCCCAUUAAUGCGUGUAUGGGGAUUUACAUGGACACUCUGAACAUCUUCAUGAGACUGGUGAUGAUUCUGGCGAACGGCGGCAGCGGCAGAAGGAAGUAAACAGCAGCAUUCUGACUUUAGCUCCGCUUUGAUCUUCCACAGAGCCGAAUAAAAUCCUAUUUUAUUACUAGCAGCAUACGCCAGGUGUUAUCUCUCAGUGACAAGUCUUACCUAACUGAUAAAUAUACAGUACAUGAAUACUUUGCGAGGGUGUGGAGGCGAGGAUUGCACUCUCUGGUGCAAAGAAGACAAAUUGGGAUAACACAGUGAGAGCUCGUACCUUGACUGUGGAAGUAUGUGGUGUAUCCUGGGGGUUACAGAUGGGCUAAUUCUGUCUGUCAGCAUCGUUUCGCUCGCCUCAGAUGUCAUUUGUUUUCUUUGUGUUUUGUAUUUAUUUCAACUUGAUCGGGUUUGUGUUUCUAAUGAGAAUGAAAGUUCAAGAUUAUCUGAUAUAUGCAGCACAGAUGCCACACAUGUCAACCAUAAGCAGGUCCAGACUCACAGUACAGUAAAUGACUCUAUGCUCCAGUAUACACUGAUAUUGCACUUAUGUGAUUGGUUAAAGAGGUUGGCACUAGUUCAUAUGUUUCUCAGAAAAUAUACAGUUCAACAAUGGAAUCAACAAAAAUAAACAAGUCAAAAGUCAA